ACAGUACUUCAAAGAGAAAGGAUACUCGGACUGAAGUCUAUUGAAUAGCCAUACCCUAGUGUAUGGCACCAUCCACUUGUAGGAUGAAUUCUUCACAAGGCUCCCCUUCCCAUGAGGUUAAAGCACAAGAGAAAGCGGACUCCGACAAAGAAGAAGUCAGGCCAAACGAGGCAACCGUUGACAAGGGGCUCAAAACUAAAACGAGCAGUUUGCCCUUCAGUGUCGAAUCGUUGAUCGCGAAGAAAACCACUUGCCGGACUGUGUAUACCGCCGCCGGACCAGGACUAGUACUACCGAAACCUGUCACGGAACAAAUGGGACAGUUUUCACCCCCGAGGACAUUCUAUGCCGAGAAAAGCAAAGUGCCUUCAGAGAGCUUUCCCAACGCGUCCGAUAGUAUGAAUGACGAUAAUGAAGAAUUUAGUGAUAAAGAACAGAGCACUUGGUUCAGGACAUCUUCUUUUUCAUCUCCUCCACGUAAUCCCAGCCCUCCACCUUGCCCCUUACGCAAACACAAGAACAACCGCAAACCUCGGACACCGUUCACCACCUCGCAGCUUCUGUCGCUGGAGAGGAAAUUCCGCCAGAAGCAGUAUCUCUCCAUCGCGGAGAGGGCCGAGUUCUCGAAUUCUCUCAACCUGACGGAGACCCAAGUGAAAAUCUGGUUCCAGAAUAGGAGGGCCAAAGCCAAGAGACUUCAGGAGGCCGAGCUUGAGAAAUACAAGCUGGCGUCCAAACCGCUUCUACCUGCCUUUGCGCUUCCAUUCCCGCUAGGUGCGCAUGUAGGCGCCCCAUCGCUGUACGGAAACUCCAUCCCGAGGCCCGGUCUUCCGGUACCCGGACUUUUCGGUGGACCAGUCGGCUAUGGAAUGUAUUAUUUGUCAUAAGUAGAUGUUUACUGCUGGCAGAGACUUUUUAUAUAAAAUGAACAACGUGCCCUUACACCAAUUAUGAGAUAUGUUAAAAUGGCGGAUAUUUUUACAACUAUGUACAAAGUAGUUUUAUUUUAUGUUUAUCAAAUUUAAAGAAGUAUAGUCUAAUCUUUUUAAAGAUUGUUCA